AUGGAGGUUAAGGUUGAGAUUUUCUCGAAGGAGAUCAUUAAGCCAUCAUCUUCAACCCCUGAUCACCUCAGGAACUUGGAAUUAUCCAUGUUAGAUCGACGUGUUCCUCCAAUUUACGUGCCCAUCCUGUUGUUCUACACUACUUGUUCAGAUAUCGAUGAUGAUUAUGCUUCAAUAUCAAGUAGGCUCAAGAAUUCACUCUCACAAACACUAACCAGUUUUUACCCUCUAGCAGGUAGAAUGAGAUCCCAACAAGCUCUCGUCGACUGCAACGAUGAAGGAGUACUCUUUCUGGAAGCUGAAGUACCCAACGUUGACCUCUCAGCGUUUCUCAGAAACCCAGAAAACAAUGCGCUUCAACUUUUUCCCUUUAAUCCCUUCGAGUCCAGCACAGAGACUGUAAUAACAGGGGUUCAAGUUAAUGUAUUUAGUUGUGGUGGAAUAGGAAUCGGUCUCUGCAUCUCGCACAAGAUAGUUGAUGGAACCGCCGUAGACUAUUUCCUUAAGGCUUGGUCUGCAACAGCAAGAGGGAUUAAUGAUGAUGAUCGCCAUCAACAUCAACUCCAAGCUCCACGUUUGGAUUCAGCUCUGCUUUUCCCACCUAAAGGUAUGAAUAUACUCAUGGCAGGCAGUAUCAGCAAAGAGAAGAUUUCAACCAAAAGGUUCAUAUUCAAUGCAACAAAGCUGAAUGAACUAAAAGCCAAAGUUGGUAUUCAAAAUCCUUCACGAGUUGAAUCUGUGACAGCUCUGAUAUGGAAAUCAGCCAUGGAAGCAGUCAAAGUGAAUUCUGGAAAAGAGAAACUUCCCCGAUCCAUUUCAACCCAUGUGGUUAAUCUUCGAGAGCGAACGGUGCCUCCAUUGCCAAACCACGUGUUUGGUAAUCUGUGGCAGGUUGCUGCUGCAUUUCUGUUGGAGGAGAAGGAGGAUGUGGAAUUGGGAUAUUUGGCAGGUCUGAUUAGGCAGGCACAGAAAGAGAUUGAUUCCCAUUAUGUGAGUGAACUUCAAGGAGAUGAAGGACUUGCUAAGGCUUACAAACCUUACAAAGAAGUGAGAUCAUUAACAUCUGAUCCACAGCUACAGUGUUACAUGUUUGGAAGCUGGACAAGAUUUGGGUUUUAUGGAACUGAUUUUGGGUGGGGAAGCCCAACAUGGGUAUGCACCACUGGUAUGCCUGUUAAGAACGGUAUCAUUUUGAUGAGCACACCUUCUGGGGAUGGAAUUGAGGCUUGGAUUACUUUGGCUGAGCAGGACAUGGUUGAAUUUCAAGGCAAUCCUGAGCUUUCUCACUUUGUAUCACCAACUUAUUAG